AUGAGCCAACCGCCGUUCCCCAACGAGUACAAUAAACGUCUCGUAGGAGCAGCUGACGAAAAAGCAUGUGUGGUGUGUUACAAGCCCACGCAGACGGUGCUUUUGGCGGCGAACAAAGCUGACUUUUUCUAUAUCUGUGCUGCUCAUCUCAAGGAUGUGUCUUUUGCAUCACCAGUGCAUCCUGAAAGGUAUAACGAGUUGUUAGAACAACGGAAGACUCAGGAAAAAAGUCUUGUUCAGGCUCGUGAACAGGUGGAGCUUAAUAAACCGUACGCUUGGGAUAAGCUCGUGAGCUGGGGUAAGAAGAAAGAUAAGGACGAGGAUACCAAGGACGAUAAGGAUAAGCCCAAGAAGUCGUAUGAAUCACACAACUCGGAGAGACAAACGACCAGAUCGCUGCGUUUGACUUCAAAUGCUUCAAAUUAG